GUAAUUAAGCUGAAAUAUAAGGCUGUCUAGAUUAGAGAAGAUGAACAAGGGUCAACGGCAGCAAAAAUCGGCCCCUUUCCUUACCGUGAUCUCCCCACUCUUGAAAUUUUGAUUUACUUGUGCCUUUUUUCUUUUCUUAAUUGUAGAGUUGUGUUCAACAUGGCUGAGGUGAUUCUGUCUGCUGUGAGCUCGAUUCUGUCACAGGCAUUAGCUUCUGUUAAAAAGUCUGAUGCACUCCUCCGUCAGAUCGAGUCAUCACUGGAGGUUAUCAGAGCUGUAUUGCUCGACGCAGAGGAGAAGCAGAUCGUAGACAGGUCCGUGAAAGUUUGGUUGGAGAAUGUCCGAGAUGUUGCCUACGAUGUAGAAGACCUACUGGAUGAGAUUUUAUUCGAUGCCCAGAAAAGGGAAUUGCAAGCUGCAUCUCGGACUGCCAAACCAUGGGCAAGCAUAUUCGGUUCUGGUUCUGGGCAACGAUAUGGAAAAGGGUUUAGGUCAAAGAUGAAAAAGAUAGUUGCUGAAUUGGAUGAAUUAGCUACAGUGACUUCAAAAUUUCGUCUUGUGGCCAGUGAAAGUAAAGUUUCAGGCCCAGACCACUUUGCUACAACUUCUUUUGUAGAUGAAUCCAGUAUCUUCGGGAGAGAAAAAGAGAAGGCUGAAAUUGUUGGGUUGUUGCUAUCAGAGGAUGCAAAUUCAGGUGUUGGGGCAAUUGGCAUAAUAGGCAUGGGUGGGUGUGGCAAGACCACCCUCGCUCAGCUUGCGUACAACGACGACACAGUGCGCAUGCAUUUUGAGCUCAUAGCAUGGAUUUGUGUCUCGGAUGACUUUGACAUUCGCAAAAUCACGAUAGCAAUUAUUGAGGCAGCCACAUCCAAUGUUUUUCGUGGAUCGAACAAUUUAGAUCUGCUUCAAAGUGAGUUAAGCGAGAGGUUAGCAGGUAGGAGGUUUCUACUUGUCUUAGACGGCAUUUGGAGUGAAGGAUAUAAGGACUGGGAGAUCCUAAAGGCUCCACUGAUGUGUGGUGCAAGGGGAAGCAAGAUCCUCGUCACCACACGCAGCUACAAUGUUGCACGUGCGGUGCCCUGUUCCUUUUAUCAUCAUAUGCAACCCUUGGGGAUGGAUGACUGCUGGAGGAUAUUCUCACGCUCCGCAUUCGUACGCAGAAGCAAAGGUGAAAUUGAAACACUGCAAGACAUUGGCAAGCGUAUUGUGCAGAAAUGCGGGGGCAUACCAUUGGCUGUAAAAGCAAUUGCGGGGGUCUUGCGUUCCAUGAGGUCUCGUGAAGAAUGGUUUCAAGUCCUUAACAGCACAUCAUGGGAAGCGGUUGGUGCAGAUGUUGUUAUGCAAUCUCUACGUUUGAGCUAUACUUACCUUCCUGCAAUGUUAAAGACAUGUUUUGCUUACUGUGCAAUUUUUCCUAAAGGCUCCAAAUUCGACAAGGAAAAACUGGUCCUCUUAUGGAUGGCGCAAGGCUUUCUACAGCACCAAUCUAAUGCCACAAUGGAAGAAGUAGGUUUUGAUUACUUAAACCACUUAUUGGGGAGGUCAGUAGUUGAACAAUCUGGGGACUCACACUUAAUAAUGAAUGAUCUAAUGAAUGAUUUAGCUCGGUCUGUAUCUGGGGAAGUCUGUUCAAUAUUGGAAUUAGAUAAUGGAAUGGAAUCUGUAAUACCUGAAAGGACUCGCCAUCUACUCGUAAGAGGGAAAUCUGAUUCUCUUGAGAAACUUGGGAUCAGUGGUAAAGCUAAGAGCUUAAGAACCUUGUUUCUGACUGACUCCUCUUCAGACCAAUUAAGUCCUCACUUAUUGCUGGAUUUGGUGUCCAGGCAACAGCAGUUACGAGCCCUAUCUUUAUCUCACUUUAAAAUAGCUGAGUUGCCUAUUUCAAUAGGCAAAUUGAAACAUCUGCGCUACUUCGACCUUUCCCACAGUGCUUUAAAAAGGUUGCCUGAAUCAUUAUGCACUCUUUACUUUCUGCAAACACUUAUAUUGACGAACUGCUCUUCUCUUAUUAUGUUGCCACAAGGCAUAGUGAAUCUGGUUAGCUUGCGACAUCUCCGCAUUAAGGGUACUGGCUUGCUGCAGAUGCCAGAAGAAAUGAGUAGAUUAAAAAGCCUACAGACUUUGACUAAUUUUAUUGUUGGCCGUGGUGGGUCACAGAUUAAAGAAUUGGAUGCACUUGUAGAUCUUCGAACAUUGUCCCUCUCAGAGUUGCAAAAUGUAUCCUCUGGUUCUGAUGCAUCUGAGGCCAAUUUGAAAGACAAGAGACACCUCGAUGAACUACAAUUGGAAUGGAGCAGUGAUAGCAAUGAUCCAAAAAAUGAAAGAGAAGUACUGAAGAAUCUAGAGCCUUGUAAAGAGUUGAAAAACCUUACCAUUAGAUUUUAUGGUGGCAUAGAGUUUCCUUCUUGGUUGGGAGACUCUUCAUUCUCAAAUAUCAUGUUUCUGCAUCUCAGUGACAGCAAAAAUUGUUCAUCAUUACCACCACUAGGGCAGCUUCCCUCUCUUGAACAUCUCAUUAUUGAACGGAUUAGUGGGGUAAGCAGCAUUGGUCAAGAGUUCUAUGGUGAAGACAUAUAUAGUUGUCAACCAUUCCCAUGUCUGAAGACAUUAAAAAUUGAAGGAAUGUCACAAUGGGAGCAAUGGAUAUCACCUGAAAUUGAAGAUGCAGAGCGAAUGGAGUUUCCCUGCCUGCAGGAGCUUUAUAUACAAAAUUGUCCAAAUUUAGAGGGUAGUUUGCCCAAGAGCCUUCCUUCUUUGUUGAAACUGGAGAUCUCUAAUUGUCAGCAGCUUAAGGUUGAACUUCCGAGGGUUCCAGAUAGAUGUGAACUGAAGUUAUAUGACUGCGCUCAGGUGCAGAGAAGAAAUGAAAAAAUGGCAGUGAGAAUUGAUGAUGAAGUAGCAUCCCAGUUGUCGUCCACUGUGGCUGAUCAGAUUUCAAUCCAUUCAUAUGAUGGCUUUUCCCAAUCCUCUUCAAGUAAGAACCUACAUGAUGCUCCCUCCACAUCAUUUUCAAAGAUGUCUGAGAUUUCAAAAGUUGCCGACCAACAUGAUGAUCAGAUGUUUCAGAAAAAAGAACGACUUGAAGAUCAGAUUCAGACUGUGUCAAGUGAAGAUGCGAUCCAACACUUCUCUUCCUUUGCAAAUUUCAAAGUUUCAAGUUUGGCACAGUUAAUGGAAUUGCCACCUGAGUUGCUUAGCCUUAGAAUUGAGAGCUGUGAUGACAUAGAGUCUCUACCCUCUGGAAUAAAGGACAGGCAUUUUCAAGAAUUGUAUAUCAUUGAUUGCAAUUCAUUCAAGACUUUUCCUCAAGGACAUCUAACCAAUUCGUUGAAAACACUUUAUAUCCGUAACUGCAGAAAUUUAAAGUUUCCCCAACCAAAAGAAAUGAACCAGUUUAUACUCCUGGAAGAUUUAUGUUUAGGGAGUAGUUGUGAUUCUCUCAAGUCCUUCCCCUUGAAUUGUCUCCCAAAGCUUAAAACUCUAAGUCUCUGGGACUGCAGAAAUCUUGAAUAUCUUUCAAUUGAGAAGGAAUUGCAGAACGAUAUAAGGUCACUUGAGGCCUUGGAAAUUAGAGAUUGUCCUAAUUUGACAACAUUUCCUAAUGAGGGAUUGCAAGCCCCAAGCCUGACAUCACUUGUUUUGUCCAACUGUAGCAAUCUAAAGUCACUGCCAAGAUGGAUGCAAAGCCUCAGAUCUCUUCAGUCACUGCACAUAAACAAAUGUCCAGAAUUGGAGUCACUCCCGUCUAGGGGCCUGCCUUCCAGCCUGAAUAUACUUUGCAUCACUUUUUGUGACAAAAUCUCUCUUCAGAGAGCAUGGGAAUUAGAUAAACUCAAUUAUCUUGGUCAUUUUGAGAUUGAAGGUGGAUGCAAAGAAAUGUUGUCAUUCCCGGAGGAUGGCCUGCUGCCAACCAAUCUUAAAUCUCUACGCAUCAGCAGACUUUUGAAUCUCAAAUGCCUAGACGAAAAUGAACUUCAGCGACUCACCUCACUUCAAACUCUAGAAAUAAACUGCUGUAACGAGCUUCGUUCCUUGCCAGAAGAUCUGCCUUCCUCCCUGUCUUUUCUAAGAAUCACAGACUGUUCUAUAUUAAAGCAGAAGCUUCAAAAGAGAAAGGGAAAGGAGUGGUUCAAGAUAGCUCAUAUUGCUUCGAUCCAUAUAGAUGAGUGAUUAAUACAAGUGCUUAUCGAUUUUCAACCAGGCGCACAUCUGCAGGACCACAGCUUAACAGACUUCCUCCUGUGGGAGUGGAUCACUGUUCUGCUCUCUGUCACUAGGUCCUGAAUGUCAACGAGCCUGGCGGGUUUUAAAGAUUAUCCAAAACUAUUCAAAUAUGCACAGCUGGGAAUGGAAAGGAAGGACAUGCUUGGUGCUAGAAUUGCUGAGUGUUAAUGCUGUGUUUUUCUGGUUCCUGCGUUGUGUGAAGUUUUUAUGCUAUUGUGCAAUACUGGAUUUGUUUUUUUUCCUUUUUCUAUUUCAGUUUGCUUUUGGGAUCGUUCUGGUUGUCUUUUUGCAGCUGUGUUGUUUUGUUCUGUGACUAGCUAUUGCUGGUAUGAAGUAUAUAUAAACUGUUGUAUCUUCGCGUUACGUUUGGUAAAUCACUCUUGGCUUGGCAAAACUAUUGUACUAUAUAAAUAAACAUGCAGAAUAUCCUUCUGGAUUCUGUUUCUUUUCUUUUUUU